CUGAAAAUUGGAUAGUGAGGGAGCAGCCGGCUGGUGGGAGGAGCCAUUAGGUGGAGCAGAGCUGCUGGUGAAGCCUGAGCACAAUGACAACAUCCCAGAAGCACCGAGACUUUGUGGCGGAGUCCAUGGGGGAGAAGCCGGUGGGCAGCCUGGCUGGGAUCGGUGAAAUCCUGGGCAAGAAACUGGAGGAAUGGGGCUUUGACAAGGCCCUUGGCCAGUUCCUGGUGCUGAAGAAUGACGAAGACCUCUUCCAGGAGUGGCUGAAGGACAUGUGCGGUGCCAAUGCCAAGCAGUCCCUGGACUGCUUAGGCUGCCUCUGGGAGUGGUGUGAUGCCUUCUUGUGAUGCUGCCUGGGGGCCCCCAGCCCC